UGAACUUUACUAACAGAAUUAGCAGGUAUUUACUUAUUUUUUGUUGUAUAUUGUAGCAGCAAUAUAUAGCCUAUAGUUUUGCUUUCCACUCUUCAAGACGUCAAAACAAGAAAAAAUGAAAGUUGUCGGAUCUACCUGCGCCCUGAAAAACACCGAGGACGUGGUCCGUUGUCUCUCGGAGCAGAGUAUGGCCAUCUCCAAGUGCAAGAUCCCACUGUUGGACGAGCAGAUGAGUGUAUUUCUGCAGGACAUGAACAACUGCUACAGCAAGCUAAAGGAGCUGGUGCCCACUCUGCCAGCCAACAAGAAAGCCAGUAAGAUGGAGAUUCUGCAACAUGUCAUCGACUAUAUCUGGGACCUGCAGGUCGAGCUGGACACACCGGGCAAGCAGCAGAUCCCAGGUGCACCCCGCACCCCUCUGACAACCCUCAAUGCAGAACUCGCCAGCAUCUCUGUGGAGGUAUGUGUGCAAAGCAAUUCCAUCAGAGCAAUUACAGCAAAUGUAUUGUUGCCAUGUAGCCCUGUGACAGAUUCAAGUGUAAAAAUCAAAGUUAAAAUCAAGUUCUGUGUCAUAAAACUUACCAUUAUCCAUCCCUCUUAUUUUUCACAGAACGGAUGCUCAGAUGACAGAAUUCUCUGCCGUUGAUCAAGGAAGCAACAGAACGAAUCAUUAGCAGAAGGAAGAACGAUGUUGCCAGCCAUGCAUGACAUUUCGUCGCAUCUUAUGUAUUGCAUCCAGCAGUGGAAGUCCAUGAUGUGCAUAGAUAGACAUUCAGGAGUUGAAACUACGAAGUGUCAGGUCAGCGGAGCUGUCCCCAAGCAGCCACAGGUGUCCUGCUGUCACCAAGAAGAGCGGUGCGCGCCAUGAAGACAAGUGUGCUGGUCGACCUGAGAGGAUGACCAUCAACAACAAAGCAUCCUAACCCAACGAGCUCUUAGAUGUUGAUACAUGUUGGACUUUAUGUGAAAGAAUCUUUCAUUCCUUGUUCGAAUUCGAUUUUCUGUAUUUUGUUCAAUUCAUACCUAGAAAAGAUUUAUAUAUUUUUUUGCAAAAAAAUGUCAAUUUCUCAGAUUGCUGAGCUAUAUUUGUAUUGUAUAUUACAAUGAUUCAAAUGUGAUCCCCAAUAUUGUUUUUAUAACAAUGUACUUAUGGUGUUUUUAUUAAAACAGAUAUGGUAGAUGAGAA